AUGGCUUCAUUUCUCUUCUUCUUCUUUCCUGUUCUCGCACACUCACUGGCCUCUCCACCUCUUCCACCACCACCCGCCCUAGUCCAGAGCACAUGCAGCCUGACGUCCAACUACGCCUUCUGCGUGGCCGCGCUCCAGUCCGAUCCCCGCAGCCUGAGAGCCAACGACGUCAAGUCCUUAUCCGCCAUCGCCGUCGGGAUCGCCUUCGCCAAGGCGAGGAGCACGUCGACGUACGCCUCCGGCAUGAUGACCAAGAACGUCACUGCGGCGUUCGGGACCUGUGCCGAGAAGUUCAGGAACGCCGACGAGGCGCUGCGGUGGGCGCUCGGCUCGCUGGCGCAGGAGAACUACGACUACGCGUGCAUGCACGUCAGCGCGGCUCAGGAGUACGCCAGCCAAUGCGGCAGGCUGUUCUCGAGGAGGAGCCCCGCCGUGGCGUACCCGGCGGCGAUGGCGAAGAGGGCGGACUACCUGCAGCGCUUGUGUGGCACUGCCCUGGACAUCAUCUCGCAGCUCGUUGAUGCUCCGUAG